AUGGAGAAUGAGAGUCGGAGAAUCAGUGAUUUACCAGAUGAAUUGCUGUUGAAGGUACUGUCGUCUUCGCUUCCUAGUAAAGAAGUCGUAGCCACGAGUAUCUUGUCAAAACGGUGGCGAUCUCUUUGGGAAGAGGUGAAGACUUUAAUGUACGAUGGUGAUUCUUUCACUAGAACUUACUGGAGGUUUACAGAAUUUCUCAGCAGAAGACCAAGCGUAGAUAGCUUGCACCUCAAGCUACACCCACAUGUUGGCAACACAGACCUAAAAACUUUGGUUAACAUCGCGAUUUCUCUCUCUCUGAGAGAGCUAAGAAUCGAGAUGAUCUGCGGUUUCUUCGAGUUCCCCAAAAGCUUUUACAUCUUUUCACAGCUUGAAACCAUUAUACUCGAGAAACAAAAUCUGGUGGAUGUUCCACCAAAUGUUCGUUUGGUCUCCCUCAGACGUCUCCACCUCUUAUCGGUGAAGUUCCAAGGCGAUGAAUCUGUGGAAAAGCUUCUAAGCGCAUGCCCACGCCUUGAAGAUUUGGUAGUGACACAAAGAUCUUACACCAAUGUGAUGUUGUUUAACAUCCGUGUGCCUACGUUGAGGAGUUUAUGUAUCGAUAAUACGUCUGGGAAUCAUCGGCCUAAAGGUGUUUAUGGGUUUGUGAUCAAUGCACCUUCUUUGAGGUUUUUUAGCAUUAGGGACAGCUUCAGCAACUACUUGUGGUUUGGAAAUAUGCCUGAGCUGGUCAAAGCGAGUGUCAACGUUGUUUGUGACAAACCUGACAAGUUUCUAGGAUCUCUUGCCUCAACACAAUCUCUUUCUCUGUGUUCUGUCACAUCCUCACAGACUCCAUAUCCUCCUAUUGGCACUUCCUUCCUCUCUCUUGACCAUCUUGAGCUAUGUUCAUGUUCUAAAGAGUGGUUGAAUCUACUUACAUUUAUGCUCAAUGAUGCUCCAAGACUUCGUGUUCUCAAGCUAAAACUGAAACACUGUGUCAAGAAGGAGGCGAUGGAUCCAUGGAACAAGCCGGAUACUGUUCCUGAAUGUUUAUCAUCCCAUCUUGAGAUCUUUGAGUGGAGACAGUACAAGGGCACAGAGCAAGAGAGAGAAGCUGCCAAGUACAUUGUAGCAAAAGGAAGUUGUCUAAAGAAGGCCACAUUCUACUCGGAAUCUGCAGAGAAGGAUGGGAUGUUGAAGGAGUUAGAAUGUGUGGCCAGAGGUUCAAAGACUUGCUCGCUUGUGUUGAAGUAA